UCCUGACAUGGAUCAGAAUUAUAUUGUUCCCAGUGCUGGGAUUAGUUUGUUGUCUCUGCAGGAAAAUAACUUGCGUCUUUACUGGACAGGGUUUAACACUUCUAUCCCUGGGACAGGAAUUAGCCCCAAGUAGCAUCUGCUUCGAGUGCACAUUCAUAGAGGCUGCAGUGGAGGCGAGUUUGAGUUCAGCACGAGACCUGGCAACAUUCAGCAGUGACUGUAGUGGCGAGGUGUGCCCAAUGUGGACUCGUGGUGGCUGGGUAAAAAUUGGGCCAGUGGAGUACCUGGCACCUUCCGUGGCAUCUACAUUGGUGAGGUCCAGGGAGGAUUCAUAGUGGCAAGGGUGUCAAUGGAUGCGCGAUGGUGCCGAAGAAUAGUGAAUUUCAUUCUGCCUGUGGAAUGGCAAAGGGGACUUCAAGUCUAACCACCAAGCCCAUGAUGGAGCACUUAAUACAAAGGACAGUAAAGUUGGGCACUUUCUUUAUUUCUUCAUUUGUCUGCUUUAUAUUCCAUGUUUCGGUUUAUUUUUCCGAGUUUUAAAAUCGCGCUAGAGAUGGGUGACACUAUACAACACUUCUUUUUUCAGAAAAUUUUCUGAAGAAGGGCCUAGGCCUGAAAUGUCAGCCUUCAUGCUCCUCUGAUGCUGCUGGGCCCGCUGUGUUCAUCCAGUUCUAUACCUUGUUAUCUCAGAGAUCUGCACCUUUCCAGUCAAUUUCACAGGAAGGGAAGGCAAGUUUUGUGUUGGAAACUGUGCACAAGAAGUCUUGACAGGAUCUGACUGAGUCACUCAAAUUAUUCUAAUCUGAAUUUCAUUGGAUGUUGAGCAUGGAAAGAGAAAACACUGUUCAUGUUGGAGAAAAACCAUACACAUGUUAUGUGCGUGGUCGUGGAUUCAGCCAACCAUCUGACCUUGCAAAACAUAAGAAUCAUACUGGGAAGAAACCAUGGAAAUGUCGGGAUUGUGAGGAGGGAUUCAGAUUCCCAUCGGAGCUGGAAAUUCAUCGACGCACUCACACUGGUGAGAGGCCGUUUACCUGCUUCAAAUGUGGGAAGGGGUUCACUCAGUCAUCCCAUCUGAUGGCACACCAGCGAGUUCACACUGAUGAAAGACCCUUUAAAUGUCCGGAUUGUGGAAAAUGCUAUAAAUGUUCUGGAGAAUUAAUACGCCAUCAGCGUGUUCACACUGAUGAGGGGCCAUUCAGGUGCUCUUAUUGUCAGGCUGGGUUCAAGAUUUCAUCUCGACUCUCUGUAUACCAGCAAGUUCACAUUGUGGAGAGAAUGGUCACCUGCUCUGAGUGUGGGAAGAAAUUCAGUCAAUCUUGCAACCUGCAAACUUGCACUCGUAAGAGACUGUUCACCUGCGCCAUGUGUCAGAAGAGAUUUGCUCACUCAUCCAAUCUGCUGAAACACCAGCGAGUUCACAGUGAUGAGAGACCUUUUAAAUGCUCAGACUGUGGGAAGUGCUAUAAAAGUCCCCAGGAACUGAUGUCCCAUCAACGUGUUCACACUAAUGAGAAACCAUUCAGAUGCUCUCAUUGUACAAUGGGGUUCAGGCGAUCGUCUGACCUUACUAAACACCAACGAAUUCACACUGGGGAAAGGCCAUUCACUUGCUCCAAGUGUGGGAAGGGAUUCACUCAGUCAUCUAGCCUGCUCAGACACCAGCGAGCUCACAAGUAAUGACAGUGGUUACAUUUUGCCACUAAUCACAGCCAGCAAUGAACAGUGCCUAUUGGGGUCUGAUUCUGCUAAUAUUAAUAAUCUCUG